AUGGCAACUGGUGACGAUAUCCCGACAUUUAAGCUUGUACUUGUUGGCGAUGGCGGUACUGGCAAGACGACGUUUGUUAAGAGGCAUCUUACGGGAGAAUUCGAGAAGAAAUACGUUGCAACACUGGGUGUGGAGGUCCAUCCAUUAAUAUUUCAUACGAACAGAGGUCAGAUUCGAUUCAAUGUUUGGGAUACAGCUGGGCAAGAAAAAUUCGGCGGAUUGCGAGAUGGUUAUUAUAUACAGGGUCAGUGUGCCAUUAUUAUGUUCGAUGUAACAGCUCGUGUUACUUACAAAAAUGUUCCAAACUGGCAUCGUGACUUAGUGCGCGUGUGUGAAAAUAUCCCGAUAGUUUUAUGUGGGAAUAAGUAUUAUGAUAUCUCGGCGAAGAGCAAUUAUAAUUUCGAGAAACCUUUCCUCUGGCUGGCUCGGAAAUUGUUAGGUGAUCCAAACCUAGAAUUUGUUGCAAUGCCUGCGCUUGCCCCACCUGAAGUGCAGAUGGAUCCAACAAUGGUUGCACAAUAUGAACAAGAAAUUGCUGCCGCCGCGAACGCUGAACUUCCAGACGACGAUGAAGAUCUCUAA